GUACGCUGUUCAUGUCUUUCUGCUUGUACGCCGGCCUUUGGUGCUCUCUAAAGGACCGCGAGUAGAAUGUGACGGCUGUACCCCUGCUCAAGAUGUUGAUCUAAUCUGUAGAGUGAAACCCCUGACCUCAUUACUACGAUUGGUUAUUCCCGGCCGCCGCGGGGGUCUGGAAAACGAAUUAUCUGACCACUUUCGCUUGGCAAAUCUGGCGGCUCUUGAAGACAGCUCGUGGGUGUUUUGUCGCCCCACUGCAAGUCACACCCAACCUGCAGAAUGGGGGACACAAUCAAUCUUCUCUUUAAAACCCAUUCUGCCCAGGGCGGUACUGGUACCACCGAAAACCGGUACCCACGGCUAUAGCUACAACCAUAAUGGUUAUAACAACAAGCAUCAACAGCACCAUCAUCAUCAAGGUCACCAAAUCCACUCGCUAGGAAACAAUGGCUCACCACAAAAUAAUUCAGGUUCGUCGACAGAAGAGCCCCGACGAACACGCUCCCGUCGCAGACAGCGAAGUCCUGGACAUCCGCAACAGAAACCCCAACAUCCGCUCGGUGGGGACGACGAGCAGGAAGAGCUACGAAUCCGUUUCGAAGCCGAAGGUCUCCGUUCUGACGAAUUAACCGACGCCAAGAAGCUCGUCACUGUGUGGCGAUGGCUUGUGGACUCCGAAACUAAUGUCAGCUCGUUACGAAAUCAGCUGGACAAACUGCACAAGCAACAGAGCGCCGAGAUGAAGGAAGUGGAAUCUUACAUCGAACACAUCCAGUCGCUGUUCGAGGAAAAGGUUUCACGCGUGCAAUUCGACAAUCGCGCCCUCCGACGAGAGUUGGAGCAACGCGGAGGCACGAGCGAAGGACAGGUGACGCACAUCAGGCGGCUGCUGCAGCAGCAUUGCGGACUCGGCGGUACUCCGACGAGCACUGCUUCGACAGCAAUUACCGGAACGACUAAUACCAAUUCGAGCUGUCACAAUGGAUCGGCCUCGGCUAAUGAUAUGGGGGCCAUCGGUGCUACAACAGGCCAAGCUCUUCAUCACCAUGACAAUAGCCCGAAUGCCAUUCUCAACAACACAGCUACACUCAAUGAUCAGAUGACACUCGUGGAGCAGAUCGCAUUCAUCUUGGCUGAGCGCGAUCGGCUAAAAGACCAGUUAGAAAGGCAGCGUGAGCGUGAAUUACGUCUCGAGGAAAAUCGAAAGCUGUAUAACAAUCUCCCACAGAGCAUGAAGCUAUCCGCUUCACACAUCAGCAGCAGCACCGUUGACGGAAACAUCUCCGACCAUGAUAGCCUUCGAAGCAGUAGCAGUGAUAGCGACAGCAGCAAUGAAGGCGACUAUGCGCGCAUCCGAAGUCCCCUGCACACACCGCCACCUAGGAGCUCGCGACAUUCACGCAUCGACAACGCUAAAAGGAUCCAACAAGGUGGCAAUGUCGAGGAAGACGCUGUCAAGCGUAACAUUCGUGACCCGGGAAACAUCAAGCCAAUAAUCGCAGACAAACAGUGGAUUAAAAAUCUUUUGCAGGAAGGCAUCGGCUCACCAAUGGGAGAACAGGGUUCCUGCCAUGUACCAUGCGAUCCGACGGACACGGAUGAAACGAACGCCAAUAAUCAUCUCCAAAGCCGCAUCGACAACUUAGCAGAUCGACUUGUGGCCAUGGAAAAAACUAACCGACAGCUUGAACUCGACAACGAAACUUUGGCCUUCAAGCUUUCAGAAGCAUUAGUCCAAUGCGAUGAGCUCGAGCAGCGGCUACGCAGCAAAGAACAGCAUUCACAAUUACAACAACAACAAACACCUCAGGCCAAUGACAAAACAGGUGGGCUUCUGGCCACAAACGCUAUAGUCCCUGGAUGCGGAGCAGGAUCGAGGUCUCAACCUGAAUCACCUGUGAAACAGUCAUUCAUGCAGACAUUAGAUAACCGUUGGCUGUCAGCACAGGAUGCAGGUCUGAUGGAGCACUGCAAGAAGCUGCACAAGGAGGUUGUAUCGUUACAGGACCAACUCUAUCAAACUAGCCAAAAAUUCGAAGCCCUCACUGUUCGUUAUCAGGAUAAGAAGAUUAAGCACCAGGAGCGAAUGCACGCCCUCCGGGAGCAACACCGAAUGGAGGUUGCUCGCCUAGGAGAGCGGAUUGAUGUACUGCAGAGUGAACUGAAAGCACUUCAUGAUGAGAAGAAGAGUAUGCUCAAAAGUCUGCUCGAACGUGAAAGUGGACUCGUUACAAGGGCUCCUGAGCUUUCUCCUAAGGAGGCUAAGGACUCGAAGGACGUAAUCGAACGGUCAGAAAAAGACUCUGCUCAACCCACAAGGCUGUAGGUUUACAACUUAUAAUGAAUUCCACAUAGCUCCAAGUAAACGUCGUCCUUUACGUUCAGAGCCGUCCCUUAUCCAAAUGUUCAAGAAGUGAGUACUUCUUAACAGGCUGAAAAAAAAUUCAUUCUUAUCGACAUUACAAUGGAAGUAGCCUUCCGAAGUAAUUAAAUUGCAAAAUAAAUCUGAUCGUGUUAAAGGUGGAAGAAAAGUUGCCUUUACCAAUAAAUAAAACGGGUGUUACAAUAUGACCUUAGUAAUAAUAUUCAAUUGGCAUCGUCGUGCUAUGAAUACUUACUUACAAUAACUAAUACUUGUUAAUUUAUUUGAAAAGGACCCAAUUCUAAUACGACUAAAGAAUUACUAUAAUGAUAAUAAUAGGUGUAAUUAUUAUAACAUGAGGCUCUAUGCCUUCACCGUUUUGUGUUCACGAUAGGCUGUGUGAUGGGGGUGUGUCAGUGAGUCAGUCAGACUAACAUAAUAUUCAACAUUGAAUAUAAUAUAUAAAAAAAAUACAUGUAGUAUUAGUAAGCACUGAAGUACCAUCUCUAACGUCCAUUCAUAAAAAUUUUGUUUAAAAAUAACUCCAAGAUGAAAUUAGCCAAUUUGCUUAUAUCAGUUAAUGCUAGUUGCACACUCAUACACACACAGCCAUAGAUACCUAUACAUAUAUGUAUAGGAGUCAACGAAAUCCCGUUGACGAACUCAGUAGCAGCAUAGCUGAAUAUUCUCCAUUCAAGUAAAAUAUAUAUGUACUCUAGAUCAUUUAUAUCACUUGUAAAGUCCUGUGUCCCUUUCGACCCAUCAGCUCAAAGGAGAUCAGUAACGUCCAUCUCAUUAGACGCCACACACAUGCAUACGUAUACACUGGCCACUAUAUAUAAUUUAAUUCUUUUGAUAUACUAUUUCUGCCCAGAUUUGAGGCCAUUUACCAUAAGGUUUAUGUACAAACAAGGGGAACAACUGGAAAUGACUGAUACUUCAUUGUCAAUAGUAUGCAAUAUGUACCGGUGAUAUACUAAUAAUUAUGAUUACUAUUAUAUUUAACUAUUAAAAACGAUCUUCACGAUAACGUACGUCAUCACAUGUAAUAGCAUUUACGUCACGCGAUAACGAAAUUGACACCGCUUCGAAUUGAUAAUGAAGAUAGGCUCUUUGGCAUGUUUUGACGCUUGCACUGCAUGACCGGCUUACAGUAAGAGAGCCUAUAUUUAGACUACAAAGCUUCGACAAAAGCGUAUAUGAACGCAUUAAAUAUCCUUCAGAAACAAGCUGAUCUUUGUUACUGAGCAUUUAUUCAGGUGCGAUAUAGACGAGCAAGGACAUAAUAACUCAAGUGACUAUGACCAAGCAAAAACAAAGAAGCAUUCAAUAUCUUAAACAACAGUAUCUGCAAUGACACUUUGAUGAUGACAGUGAAUGUCUUCCAAAAAAACGUUCUAAGUUUUUACCAACGCUUCCGUCGCCGGGCGAACGCACUUAAGAAUCUAUAGGUUAUUGGCGACUUCCAUACUUUAAUGGUUUCUAACUAGAGAGUCGACUUGUUUGUUACCCAUUUUCCUGAAAUGUUUAACAGAGUACGAUCUGUUUAAUAUCAAUGAUCGGUUUUCAUUAUACUCUAAGUAAAAAUCGCACCUAGUGUGAUUUGUAAACACUAUAUGAUGCUACAACAAGUCGUAAUUAUUAUUUAUGAUGUUCAUCAACAACAGUUCACCAUUCCGCAGUAACCUUCGAGGGGCUUCCUAUCCUUCGUCAGCGGAAGCCAUAUAUUCAUAUAUAUAUAUAUAUAUAUAUAUAGUAGAAUAAUAAUCAGAACUAUAACAGGUAUGAUCAUGGAGGGGAAUAUCACUGGGAACUCAUUAAUAGCUAUGUAUGUACAUAGCCGUCCAUAGUUCACUGUAGCAGAUGCUGAAGUAAUAACUUGCUUCACGAACCGUCACGUCCAUGCUUUGUGAUUUCAUGAAAGAAUAAUAUAACAAUUAACACCAAAAUAAACUGUGAAAGCGCAACAGCAACAGUAAGUGUAAAUUACUUGCGAAUUAAAAUUGUAUCGAAAGAUAAAGGAAACGAGCAAUGCCAUCUAUCAAUUUUACCAUUAAUAGUGCACGGUGCCAACAUAGGGAACAUUUUAUACUACCCAACUGAUGAUAAUACCACUAAGUUUUAGUCAAAAAAUAAUGGAUCCUCUAAUUACAUGCCAGAAUCCAGACAAGAAGGGCAGUAAUAGAUAACAAGAUAAUGUUAUGAUUUGUAUGUGCAAUGAUCACUUCAUGUAGCUGACGACACGGCGUGACACAAUUUAGUAUAGAUAAGAACAAUAGUGGAUUUAUCGUCGUCGACAACGACCCAAUAAUAAAGUCGAUACUGAAGAUGGCUGCUGUGUCAAUUCU